CUGGUCAUCGGUUGUUUUUCUUCUCUUCUCUUUUAAACUUGGACGCGGAUAGUUUUUUUUCAUCAUCACAAUAAUCAAUUGAUACAAAGAUGACCUCACCCUCUGAUUUGGAUAGACAAAUUGAAAAAUUAAAACGUUGCGAGCUUAUAAAAGAAUCUGAAGUCAAGGCUCUCUGUCAAAAGGCUAAAGAAAUUCUUAUUGAAGAAGCUAACGUACAACGUGUUUUUGCCCCAGUUACCGUAUGCGGUGAUAUUCAUGGUCAAUUCUAUGAUCUGAAAGAACUUUUUAAAGUAGGAGGUGAUAUUCCUGAUACAAAUUAUUUAUUUAUGGGUGAUUUUGUAGAUAGAGGAUUUUAUAGUGUAGAGACCUUCUUGCUUUUGCUUGCAUUGAAGGUAAGAUAUCCUGACCGUAUAACACUCAUCAGAGGUAAUCACGAAAGUAGACAAAUUACACAAGUUUAUGGUUUCUAUGAUGAAUGUCUUAGAAAAUAUGGUAGUGUUAACGUUUGGAGAUAUUGUACUGAAAUAUUUGACUACUUGAGUUUGUCAGCUUUAAUUGAAGAUAAAGUAUUCUGUGUCCAUGGAGGUCUUUCGCCUUCUGUUACUUCAUUAGAUCAAAUUCGUAAAAUUGAUAGAAAACAAGAAGUCCCACAUGAUGGUCCAAUGUGCGACUUGCUUUGGUCUGAUCCAGAUGAUAUUGAUGGGUGGGGAUUGAGUCCAAGAGGUGCUGGUUAUUUAUUCGGUGGAGACGUCGUUACUCAAUUUAACCAAACUAACGGUAUUGAACUCAUUUGUCGUGCUCACCAAUUGGUCAUGGAAGGAUACAAACACAUGUUUAAUGAAAGCUUAGUUACUGUUUGGUCAGCUCCAAACUAUUGCUAUAGAUGCGGUAACGUUGCUGCCAUUCUUGAAUUGGAUGAAAACCUGAAGAGGAAUUUCAAAGUUUUCGAAUCUGCUCCUCAAGAAUCUAGAGGUAUCCCAGGAAAGAAGCCAGCUCCUGAUUACUUUUUGUAAACAAUAUAACCUAGUAUUAAUAUAUAAUUUUAUGAUGUAUUUUAAAAUUUGAAUGUUUAACAUUAAAUAAUAUCUUUUCAUUU